AUGUCCGAGUACUCUCCAAUUGCCGUCAUCGGCAUGGGGUGUCGGCUCCCAGGAGGUGCUAGCAGCCCUGAGAAGCUCUGGGAGAUGCUCGCAGAAGGCCGAAGUGGAUGGGGUGAAGUUCCCGCAGAACGCUGGAACUGGAAAUCAUUCUAUCACCCGCACAAUGAAGCCAAAGAGUCACUCAAUUCAAAGAGUGGCUACUUUCUAGAGCAAGACAUUGGCGCAUUUGAUGCCAAGUUCUUCAACAUUGCCUCAUAUGAAGCCCAUGCAAUGGAUCCGCAACAGCGAAUCCUUUUGGAGACAACAUACGAAGCACUAGAAAAUGCCGGAAUUUCUUUGGACAGUAUCAAGGGCUCCAACACAUGCGUUUACGUUGGUUUGUAUGCCCGCGACUAUGAUCGCAUGGGAUUCAAGGAUCUCCCUCAAAUUACCAAGCUUCACAUCACCGGAACAGGUGAAGCUGUCGUUUCGAACCGAAUUUCGUACCUUUUUGAUCUCAAGGGUGCAUCUGUCACAGUGGACACAGGCUGCUCUGGAAGUAUGGUUGCCCUUCACCAAGCUUGCCAGAAUCUUCGGACCGGGGAGUCAAACAUGGCCAUCGUUGGAGGCACACAGCUCCUCCUUCAUCCGGAUCAGGCUAUCGCAAUGAGCACAGUCGGUAUGGUGAAUCCACAUGGUCGAUGCUUUGUCUUCGACAGCCGAGGUUCUGGUUAUGCGCGAGGCGAAGGUGUCGGCACUAUAGUUCUCAAGCGCUUGGACGACGCCAUAGCAGCUGGCGAUCCUAUUCAUGCAGUCAUUCGGAAUUCCGGAUUGAAUCAGGACGGUAAAACGGCAGGAAUUUCACUUCCCAAUCCAGAUGCCCAGGCAGCUCUGAUGAAAUGGGUUUAUUCUUCUGCUGGUGUGGAUCCUCGGAAUACAGUAUAUGUGGAAGCUCACGGAACGGUUAGUGAAAUCUUUUGCCAAUUGAGCUUAGAUGCAUUUCUGAAGCUAACUAUGAUUUCUAGGGAACACAAGCAGGUCUUCUGUGAAGAGGCCGGGCGAAAGUCAGAUAUCUAUGUUGGAUCAGUGAAGUCCAAUAUUGGACAUUUGGAAGCUUCCAGUGGUAUUGCUGGUUUGAUCAAAGGUAUCAUGAUCAUCAAGAAAGGAUUCAUCCCUCCAAACCUAGAUCUUGAAACGCCCAAGCCGAGUCUAAAGCUCGAUGAGCGUAAAAUUAAGAUCCCUGUGCAGCUUACCCCUUUGCCCCAGCCAGAGCAACCUGGUCCUAGCCGAGUGUCUUUGAACAGCUUUGGCUACGGCGGGACUAAUGCACACGUCAUUCUCGAGCCGGCUCCAGCCGUGGAUCUCAAUGGAUCUGAUGCGGAUGGUGACUCGACCAGCGCAGUAAAAACAAAUGGAAUCCAUGAUGACCUCGAAGCCAAGGCCGUCAAUGAUACUGCUGAUGGAGCCCAACAAACAAACGGCGAUGGAACUCAUGCCAGCCUUGAGGAAGUCGCACAGGCAAACCCUCAAUUGUUUGUCCUCAGUGCUACUUCUGAAAAGUCUCUUCUUGAAGCCGCCAAGAAUGUCCAGAGCUGGAUCUCUAACAAGGCCUCGGGAGAAGACUACCUCUCCGAUCUUGCAUAUACGUUGAAUGUUCGACGAUCUCUCUUACCACUUAGGCUGAGUGUUGUUGCUUCGACUCCAGAUGAACUCGUUUCUGCGCUGGAGCCAAAGAGCCUUCGUAUCUCAAAGCUGCCCCACUCAGUCUCGGUGGCAUUUGUCUUCACUGGGCAGGGUGCGCAAUGGCAUGCCAUGGGAAGAGAGCUACUAAACCUCAACUCUGCCUUCAAAGACUCAAUUCUCCAGUCAGACAAAUUAAUACAAAGUUUCGGUUCCCAGUGGAGUCUGCUGGAAGAGCUUUCUAAGGAUGAACAAUCCUCCCAAGUGAGUGAUAGCGAGUUGUCUCAGCCUUUGACGACAGCAAUUCAGAUCGCUCUGGUUGAUUUGCUUGCCACAUUCGGUGCCACCCCCCAGUAUGUCUGUGGUCAUAGCUCGGGAGAAAUUGGAGCAGCCUAUGCGGCUGGUGCGCUCACACAAGAGGCUGCGAUUGAAAUUGCGUACCGACGAGGACUAUGCUCGACCGCUGCUAAAAAGGCAAACUCGAGCAAAGGAUCCAUGCUAGCCGUGGGAGUUGGCGAGAUGGAGAUCUUGCCAUACAUUCAGCGGGUAAAGAAUGGUCUUGUCACAGUUGCUUGUGCCAACAGCCCUGAUAGCACUACUAUCUCUGGAGAUGAAGCUGGUAUUGACGAGCUGAGCAACAUUCUAAACGAUCAGUCCAUCUUCAACAGGAAACUCAAGGUGGACACGGCCUAUCAUUCUCAUCACAUGAAGAAGAUCGCAGACCAGUACCUCGAGUCCUUGCAACAUGUCCAUACCGGUACACCACGAAAUACUGUGACUUUCUAUUCCUCUGUGACAGGGGAGAAGAAGAUAUCUAAUUUCGGGCCUCAAUAUUGGACAGACAACUUGGUGUCGAAGGUUCGAUUCAGCGAUGCUCUGAAACUUCUGGCUGAGGACAUGGCACGCUCGAAGCAGUCCAGCAACGUCGCCAACUUCUUUGCGGAAAUUGGCCCACAUGGUGCAUUAUCGGGACCCAUCAGGCAGAUCAUGGCCAAACUCAGUAUCCGGAACUUCAAGUUCUCUUACGCCUCUGCCCUUGUCCGGAAUAAGCAUGCUUUGCAAUCUGUGCUGGAGCUGACCGGGAAGCUAUUCGAAGUCGGUUGUGGUAUUCAGUUUGAGCAAGCCCUUGCCUUGUACAAGAAUAAACGGUGGACUACCAUCGGGGAUCUGAGUCCCUACCCUUGGGAUCACUCGCUAUCGUAUUGGUACGAGUCACGACUUAGUCGGGAUCACCGCCUGCGACAAUUCCCAUACCACGAUCUUUUGGGACUGUGGGAUGUGGGGAGCACUAUACACGAGCCAAGAUGGCGGUACCAUCUCAACGUGGAUGCGCUUCCUUGGUUGAGACAUCACGUUGUCGAUGGCUUCAUGAUUUUCCCAGGUACUGGCUACAUCUGCAUGGCCAUCGAAGCAAUGAAGCAGAUUGUCCAGAUUCGAAAGACACCAGGAGAAAUAUCCAAGUUCCACCUCAUGAAUAUAGUUCUUUCCAAACCGAUCAUUGUCCCCGAUCAACGACCGGAUAGCUUCAUCCCGGAUGUGGAAGUCCAGCUUACCUUGAGUCGCAUGAAGACCAAUGAUGGAAGUCGAUGGGAAAUGUUCAGAGUCUUCUCAUACUCUCCCGAGGGUUCUGGGUCAUGGAAUGAGCACUGCUCCGGACUCAUUACCGUUGACAUGAGCUCCAAGGUCGAUGAAGUUGAAGGAACAAGAGAGGAAGAAUUCUCAACUGCAUCCUUCAAGCGCAAAUUUGAGAACAUUCAACAAGCCUGUCAUUUCGAUGCCACUAUCAAUCCUCAGAAGUUCUACAACGAUCUUCGGGAAUCUGGGAAUGAUUUCGGCUCGACUUUCACUUGCAUGACCGAGAUGCAACUAGGACGCCAUCAAGGUUGGGCCAAGGUGGAGGUCCCUGAUGUUCCAGCAUGCAUGCCUCGCCAGUUCUUGCAGCCACAUGUGAUACACCCGUCACUCUUGGAUUCUUUGAAUCAUCUUGCAGUGGUCUUGUUCAAGAAAGAAUGCAGCAACGCGCCGCUCAUGGCGACUUUCUUUGGAGAUAUCGUCAUUGCUGCGGACAUAACAUCUACUCCUGCCGAUGAGCUGCUCGUUGCUCUCGAGAUGAAUCCCGAGGGUACGCGCUCAGCGUCAGGAAACACCUACGCAUUCCAGCAGAAAGAAGAUGGUGAACGCUCUCUCGUUCUGCAUGUGACAGAUUGGCAGUUGAAAGCCGUUGGAGAAGCUCAGUCCAAGAAUGAGGAGACCCCAUUCCAUCGCAAGAUGAGUUAUCGGAUGCAGUGGCAGCCAGACGUGGCAUUUAUCAGCCCGAAGCAACUUCAGGAUACAAUUGAUACAACAAUGAGUCCUAUUUCGAUGGAGUUUCAUCCUACCACCUCCGAAGAUAUCAAGGUAGCUGAAAAGUUGACUUUCGAGCAAAUUGUUGCCUUGAAUGAACGUGCAGCAGCAAUUUAUGCCCGCGAAGCUUUGUCACAGGUAUCAGCACAGGAGUCCCGGGUGGCUACUCCUCACCUUGCAAAGCUUCUCGAGUGGAUGAAGGCUUCCAGCGAGUCCGAGGUUUGCAAGUCAAUGCUGAAAGGAUUGAGCUCUUCCGAGGAGGAACUAAUUCUCCAAAGAUCGUUGAUCUCCGGCCUUGAAGGCCUGAUGCUAUCACGUAUCGGCCUCAACUUAGUCUCUCUUUUCACCGGAGAAAUUGACGCUAGUGAGCUGAUGCAGCAAGACAACCUUAUGUCGAGGUUCUUCGUUGAUGACCUGUUCUCGCAUAGUCAGCAAUUUAUGGUCAAAUAUUUGAACUCAAUUGUGCAUAAGAGGCCACACAUGAGAAUUCUUGCGAUUGGUGCUGAUAUGAAAGAUGGGAUCGCUGCUCUGUUGCGCGCGAUUGAUCGACCAGAAGGUCUUAUGGUUGAUCACUUCGACCUCGCUGAUAGCUCUUCGGAGGCUCUAGACCGCGCAAAGCCUUUAUUCCAAGAUUGGACCCACUCUAUGGACUUCAAGGUUUUGGACCUUGAUAAGGAUAUCAAAGUCCAGGGCUUCGAGAGUGAAUCUUACGACGUGAUCAUCGCAGCCAACACUCUCUAUUCCGUGAAAAACGUCAACAGUGCGUUGAAUCAAGUUCGUCAGUUGAUCAGGCCGGGUGGUAAAAUGGUGAUGGUUGAAUUGACACGGCCACCGACCCUUUCUAUCCAGACUAUUUUCGGGGUGUUACCAGGAUGGUGGGCUGUUGAAAGUGAAUGCCAGAGUUCUCCCUUACUUUCUGAAUCACAAUGGCAUGAAGUGUUGGUGGAAAGCUCUUUCAGUGGCACCGAUAUUGUGAUGAACGAAAACGAGGGUCCGAAGUCAAGAUCUGCCAUGAUUGUCUCAACUGCCUUGAGCCAAAAUGAGAUGAAUAAAACCAUGCCGAAGGCAUGCGCUCAGAUUCUUUCAUUUGGUAAAUGGUCUUCAGAAUUCACAAAGUUCGCAGAGAAUCUUUCAUCGGCUCUCAGCCAAAGGGGCCUCGAUUGCGCAAUUGGCGUUUUGGACCCUCAAACCAUCGGACAAGACACCAUCUACAUCGUUCUGGACGACAUGGAAAAUGCUCUUUUGUCAACCCCGACUGCUGAGGAAUUCGAAACACUGAAGACUCUUUUCAUUACGAGCAAGUCUCUUCUUUGGAUCAGUGGACAAGAAAAAGUCAUCCAGAAUGGCAACGCUGCAAAAGGUCUCAUCAAUGGUAUGGCACGUGUGGCACGACGUGAAAACGAGGGGGUCAAAUUUAUUACCAUCGACAUACAGCAGGAUCUUGCAAGUCCUGGAUCCGAGAUGGCCAAACAGAUUUUGGACAUUGCCGAGAGCUGCUUCUGGCCUAACUCUGCAACGGAGGUGUCCAACGAACAUGAGUUUGCAAUUCAAGACAAUACCGUCAUGAUUCCCCGAGUGCAGCCCGACACCAAGUUCAAUGAAUGGAUCGACCGAGCCGUGGGAGAUGAUCGACUAGACACUCUGCCUUACCACCAGUCUGACCGCAGUCUGAAGCUUCACGUGGAAACACCAGGUCUUCUGAGCAGUCUCCGGUUCGUGGAAGACAAUUCCCUGGCGUCUCCGCUGCGCGCGGAGGAGAUAGAGAUUGAAGCAAAGGCAUAUGGUGUCAACUUCAAAGAUGUCUUCAUUGCUCUCGGUCAAAUGCUUCCAGGAGUCAACAUGAUCGGAGAGGUCUCUGGUGUUGUGACAGCCGUGGGCUCGGCCAUGAGAGGCCGGUUCAGAGUGGGAGACCGGGUCGCUGGCGUUGGCGCACAGCCUUUCACCAGCAGAGCCAGAGUCAAGGGGUUGAUGUCUUGUCGACUUCCUGAAUCGAUCACAUUCCCUGUUGGUGCAUCAAUCCCGAUCAUUUAUAUGACAGCCUAUCACUGCAUUGUUGAGGUUGCUCGUCUGCGAAAGGGUCAGACCAUCUUGAUCCACGCAGCAUCUGGUGGUGUUGGCCAAGCGGCAAUUCAGUUCGCGCAGCAUAUUGGAGCUGAAAUUUUUGCAACUGUCGGCAGUGCAGCCAAGCGUCAGCUUUUGAUUGAGCGGUACAAUAUCCCGGAGGAUCAUAUCUUCUCGACGAGAUCAAGGACAUUCAAGCAUGGUAUCUUGCGUCUUACCGAUGACAAGGGAGUGGAUGUCGUCCUGAACUCCCUGUCAGGAGAAUGGCUCAAUGACUCUUGGGAGUGUGUCGCUCGUUUGGGAACAUUCGUCGAAAUCGGCAAAACGGAUAUCUACAAACGAAACCAUCUCAGCAUGGCACCAUUCGAUCGAAGUAUUACCUUUGCAGCUGUCGAUCUGGUCGUCCUGUUCGAGACCCAGAUUGAACGGAUGAAUGAUGAGUUCCAAACUGUCAUGGCCAUGUUCGAGUCAGGAAUUCUCAAACCUGUGGCUCCUGUUACAUCGAUUCCCAUCUCCAACAUUGAGGAGGCCUUCCGUUUGAUUGCUUCUCGGAAGCACACCGGAAAGGUUGUUGUUGAAGCUGAGUCUGAUGCCCUCGUGAAAGCGGUGAUUGCCAAGCCCGAACCGUUGCAACUGGACCCUUCAGGAGCCUAUGUUGUAGCUGGUGGUCUGGGUGAUUUAGGUAAAAGAAUUUGCCGGCUUCUGGCGAGCCAUGGUGCGAAGCACGUAGUGACACUGUCUCGCCGAGAUCUUUCCGAUGACGAUCGACAGGCGUUUGAAGCUGAGAUUUCUCAGCUUGGCGGCGUACUGCACAUUGUCAAGUGCGAUAUUAUCGACGAGUCUUCUAUGACGGAGGCUGCAAUUAUCUGCCAAGAGAGUCUGCCUCCAGUCAAAGGUGUGGUUCAUGCCGGCAUGGUUCUACGGGAUCAUCCUCUUGAGCUCAUGACACCGGAAGACUAUCUGACUGCGAUCAAGCCAAAGACCCAAGGCACCUUGAAUUUGCAUUCAGUCUUCCAAGGUCCUUCCUUGGACUUCUUCAUCACCCUUUCUUCCAUCACAUGUAUCGUCGGCAAGACUGGUCAAGCCAACUAUUCCGCAGGAAAUGCAUUCCAGGACGCUUUCGCUCAUGCACAUGCUGGAAAGUCGCAUACACGAUACAUCUCCCUUAACCUAGGCGCUAUUGAUGGCUCCGAUGCUAUCACAUCUUUGCCUAUCCGCCAACAGGAACUGAUGCGUCAAGGUGCCAUUCUGGUCAAAUUUGAGGAACUCUUCAAAGUCCUCGAGUAUGCCAUGGGCCCUCAGGCGGCGCUCGAUAACUGUGUCCAAUCUAUCAUGGGCUUUGAUCGACAGUCUAUGGAGACGGUUCAGGACACCUUCGGACUUAGCAACCCAAUGUUCAGUCAAGUGCCUUAUCUGUCGGAUCAGAACAGUUCUAGUAAUGGAGCGUCCGACAAAGUAGACACGGAAAAGGCCAUUCGGCAUGCGGCCAGCAUUGCUGAAGUUGAGGAGAUUAUUACACAGGCGAUUGCAGAGAAAUUCGCUCUUUUCAUGGACCGAGCAAUUGAAGAUGUCAAUCUGGAUCAGUCGCUUGCCGCUUUUGGACUUGACUCGCUGGUCUCAAUCGAAUUGAAAAACUGGAUGGUUCGAACUUUCCACGUCACAUUGCAGACAUCAGAGAUUGCGGAUGCGCUUAGCGUGGUUGCUCUGGCAAAGACAAUUACAUCGCGUUCAAAGUUGGUGAGCGAUGAGCUGCGUGGAUCUCCUACCAGCUCAGACGAACUCGAAGAAGCACCUGUUGAGCAGGCCGCGACCGAACAAGUUUCCGGUCCAAAUCACGACUUUGAAUGCUGUCGAUAUGCAAAGGAUCUCCCCAAGCAGCCGCUUAUGGAUCUGGACGAAGCUUUGGGCAUGAUAUCAAGCAGUACUCGCCACUUCGCUACUGAGGAAGAGUACACAAAUCUCUGCCAGGCAAUCGAGAGAUUCGGCCAGCCGAACAGCACAGGGCGUCAAUUGUAUGGUCAACUUGUCAACAUGGCAAGCGAUCCAAAAGUGGACAACUGGAUGGUCGACUUCCUAACAGAUGCCUCAUUCCUCAAGAAGCGAUUCCCCAUGGUACCCCUAUCAAGCUUCUUUGCCACGCAUCACGACAGUGCAACUCCCCAUCCACAAGCAGAACGGGCUGCUUUGAUCGCGACAACCGCGUUCCGAUUCAAGGAGGCCGUCGACGCCGGUAGCUUGGACCCUCAUUGGUAUUUCCAUAUUCCAUCUUGCAUGGAUUCUUGGCAAUGGCUUUUCAACACCACUCGAGAGCCCCAUUUGGAAGUUGAUCGCAUGCAAAAGUACCCUGGAAAUGACUAUUGCGUCGUGCUCCGCCGGGGUCAUGUCUUCAAGGUAGCACUUAAGGACGGUGCUGGAGCUGUCUCAUACUCUACCAUAAAGACACACUUUGAGGCAAUCUUGGAGAGCGUUCAAGAUGAUGGUUUCUGGACAAGUAUUCUGACCAACGAUAACCGAGAUUCAUGGGCCACAAUCCGCGAGAAGCUUAUCUCCAUGAACGACGCAAAUGCAGAAUGCAUCCGAGUCAUCGAGCAAGCAGCCUUUGUCAUGUGCCUCGAUGACGGCGCACCAACGACCAACUCUGAUCGAAUCCGCAAGGCUUACCUCGGCGACGGCUUCAACAGAUGGAACGACAAGGGACUCCAAUUCAUCGUCUUCGAGAACGGCUCAUCAGGAUACCAAGUCGAACACUCCAUGAUCGACGGUCUAACCGUCCACCGCAUGAACGAAUGGAUCCACGAAGCCAUCCACUCACACAUCCCCAACCAACAAGCAGUCAACGGACACACCAACGGCCAUACAAACGGCACAUCCAACGGCCACCACCCAUCCCCCGAAGAAUACACUCUCGCCACAACCCCAGACAUCGACGAGCACAUCCUCACCGUACGAGAAGAACACCUCAAAUCCACCUCCAGCCGCGAAUACAGCUACCUCACACUCUCCCACUUCGGCAAAGACUUCCUCGCCCAACACGGGUGCCCCAUCAAAUCCGUCUUCGACGUCACAAUCCAACUAGCCAGCAACCUCUACUUCGGCUACAACCCAGCCUCCUGGGAGCCCAUGUCGAUGGCGCAUUUCCACAAGGGUCGCACAGAGAUCUUCCAAGGCGUGCUUCCCUCUGUAGCGCAAUUCUGUUCCUCCGCAACGAAGGAGGACGUCCCCGCCAGGGAACGGCGUGAUAUGCUCAUCCGCGCUGCGAACGAGUACACCGCCGGUCUGCAGAACUCGGGCAAGGGGAAUAACUAUUUCAGGCUUAUGACUGUGUUGGAGGGUAUGUGGCCGAGUGGGGAGGAGUUGGCAUCGCUGUUUACGGAUCCGGUUUGGUUGAGGACGUAUCCGCAGUUUAUCAUGUCUGGACUGACGGAUGGUGGAUCGUUGGAUUCGGCGUUUUCGCUGAUCGAUCCGGAGGGUGUUUGGAUUUGUUAUUCGAUUGGGGAGAAUGAGGCGCGCUUUUCUAUUGUUGGUCCUACAAGCAAGGUUUCCAGGUUUGAGGAAGUGCUGGACGAGGCUACGGCUCUUGUUAAGAAAUUGGUAGAGUCAAGCUAG